AUGGCACAAAUGCGCGCAGUCGAUAUCAAGAACGGCACCGGCCCCGCCACAUCCCUCCACAUCACCUCCCUCCCAAAACCAACCCCCUCCCCCGGGCAAGCCCUCAUAAAAAUAAAAGCCUUUGGUCUAAACCGCAUGGAUCUCCUCCAACGCGAAGGGCGCUACCCUGUCCCUCCACAGGCCCCAAAGACGCUCGGCGUGGAGUUCUCCGGUACAAUCGAGGAAGUAAACGGGGACGGCGGGAAAGAAGGGUUUAAGGCUGGUGAUGAGGUGUUCGGUCUCGCGUAUGGAGGCGCGUAUGCGGAGUGGAUUGUUGUUAGUGUCAGGAUGAUAUUGAAGAAGCCGGAGCAUUUGAGUUUUGUGGAGGCGGCGGGGGUGCCGGAGACGUGGAUUACGGCUACUCAGGCACUAUAUCUCAUCGGCGAAUUUGCGGAGGGUAAAUCUGUUCUUUGGCACGCGGGCGCGAGUUCAGUAUCAAUCGCCGGCAUCCAACUCUCCCGCGUCGGAAAAGCCUCAAACAUCUACAUCACCGCGGGCUCGCAAGAGAAAAUCGAUUUCUGCACGCACGAACUGGGCGCCACCGCAGGUUUCAACUACAAAACCACCGACUGGGCCUCUGAAAUCCUGAAAGCCACGGAUGGCAAAGGCGUCGAUAUAAUCGUCGAUUUCGUCGGGGCGCCGUAUUUCCAGAACAACCUCAAAGUCGCAGCGAAAGACGCGCGCAUCGUGCAGCUGGGCUUCAUGGGCGGCAGUAAAUUGCCGGAGGGCGUGGAUAUAAGCGGGUUUCUGUUGAAGAGGGUUAGGUAUGAGGGGAGUAGUUUGAGGAGUCGGGAUGAGGUGUAUCAGGGGAGGUUGCGGGAUCGGUUGGAGGAGUGGGUUGGGCUGUUUGGUGAGGAUGGGAAGGGGGAGGGGAAAGAUGGAGGGGGGAAAGGACUGAAGGUUUAUGUUGAUAAGGUUUUUAAGUGGGAGGAUGUUGUUGAGGCGCAUAGGUAUAUGGAGGGGGAUGGGAGUAAGGGGAAGAUUAUUUGUACGAUUGAUUAA